GCACAGGGUGCUCUCCUCUUGAGCUCAGCUUCUGCUUUUGCAGCCAAGCAUUCUUGCUGCUGCUGCCUGCCUGCCCACCCGCCUGGGCUUGCAGCCCGCCACUUUACUUUCUCCAGCCCUGAUACCAGCUGAAAGUCUCCCUGCAGCUGCUAGUUCCUGUCCAGGACCAUGUGUGUGGAUGCUGCUUGGGAGAAGUGGGCACUUGCUCCUGGCACUGAUUCCAGUUGAGUUUCUCCUGUUGAUUUCUGGACCACUGAUGCUGUUGCUGAGGAGGUAUUUUCUGGCAUCCCUCCCUCUGAGACACCGGCUAAGGACCAGCCCAAACGCAAGGCAGGAAAGUGUCAGGAUGGACCGAGCUGCCGGAAGCCGACGCUAGCGAGGGAGGUGUGAAGAGUUGGCCAGAAUGACCAACUCCUCCUCCACAUCCACCUCCUCCACCACCGGGGGCUCGCUGCUGCUGCUCUGCGAGGAAGAGGAGUCGUGGGCGGGCCGGCGCAUCCCAGUGUCACUCCUGUAUUCCGGCCUGGCCAUCGGGGGCACGCUGGCCAACGGCAUGGUCAUCUAUCUCGUGUCGUCCUUCCGAAAGCUGCAGACCACCAGCAACGCCUUCAUCGUGAACGGCUGCGCCGCCGACCUCAGCGUCUGCGCAGAGGAGAAAUGCUAA